UCCCGGUUGAGCGUUGUUGUUCGUUGCUUCGGUCAACUUCACGACAAUCGUAUACCGUCUAUUAUGAUUUAAUCAAGUGAUGCGAGGCGAUCUAAGAUUGACUGAAAGACAAUUAUAAGUUUAUUCCAACAUCAUAUAAUGGAUAUCCUUAACGUAGAGAGUCGAGAGCCGGCUCUCCCUCUCUCUGCCCUUCGUCUGGUUGUUCCACCUCUCCGGCUGAUGUCAGCAUUUCUAUGGCAGGUGAUUCAGCGGCGUAAUGUGACACAGUACGGGAAACUGGAACAAUUUGUGAAUCUGGUGACAGAGAAUGUUCCAGACAUCAUGAGUCGGAGUCUAGUUAAUAAGCUAAUUUUUCACAUGAGGAAAAAGGUGAUUUUGGAGCUUUGUCUGAAAGAUAAAUUGCCAGAUCUGUGGAUCAUUCAGGCACAUCUGGAUUCUCUUCGAAAUCUCACUCACAAAUGUAAAGAUGUGGAAAGUGAGAUCAUCAAUAACAAAUUCAUUCGAACGGUGCACAGCAUUUUAGAAGACACAGAAAAGAAAGAGAAUUUCCUCCAGCACAUAUUCCCUGUUGAAUACGGUUCAGGAUAUGAUGCAGUUUUACAGAGUCUUGCAUGGGAGUUUCUGUCUCGGGUGGAAGAUCUGCUGCCGGUGCCCAACCUUAAAGAGACAGCUUCUCGGCUCUGCGGUGGCCUCUCGAUGAUGGAGGAGAUCGUGCAGCCGCUCUCAGACCCAGCUGAAAUCAAGGAUGUGCUCCAGCACUUUAAAAGCAAAAGACUGCACACAAUAAACAAUGAGGACUCUCCGAGAGUUAUCAGUGAAAUGUCCAUUCCCUCUGCAGCAGAAGUAGUUUGUUUGCCUCAUCCAAUCCCGCAGGAAACAAUCUCCCCUACCAUUACCAUCGAACAAGAGGAACCUCUGCCUCCCACUUCCAUUGCACAAGAGACAAUUAUCAUUGAAUCCGAAGCCACAGAGAACCAAUCCGAAUCUGAUCACGCUGCCAUCGCCAUAAUGAGCCCUUCUCAGAGCUACACAGAAGAAGCAGAGACUUUAGCCGUCAGUGAGGAGUUCGCGACAAUAGAAGAAGCAGAGGACGGCUUACAACAAGAGGAGACCCUCUGCGAAGAGAAAGACUCGGGUAUAUGUGAAGUCCAGCAGAUCUAUCUCACCGCUGACGGCUCUACGGUAGUGGUGUCGGAGUUUGAUAAUGAAGGAGAGGAAGUGCAGUUUCUCGAGCAAUCAGAAAUGGUGGAAACGCCUGGUGUGCGGCAGGUCAGUUUAGAGCAGUGGAUUUCAGAGUUAACUGGAAAGGGAGUCUCGCUGCCAGUUUUGCCUCCGACUCCUGUUGAGAUCGUGAGGGAGGAGACUAUCUUCGUUCCUGUCAUAGAAAGACCGCCAUCUGUAAAGUCCAUCAUACACAGGAAAAGCAGUCCACCUAGAGCUGCGGUAUCCAAAAAGUCAUCAGCAGCCUCUCCAUCUGAAUCUCAAACAACACAGGAUGAGAGAAGACACGCGUGUCCAGAGUGUCACAAAGAGUUUCGUUUCGAGUGCCUGCUAAGGAAUCACAUGCGCACACACACUGGCGAACGCCCGUUCCAGUGUUCGGACUGCGGAAAAAGCUUCAGGUGUCUGAGUUUCUUGACCAAUCACAUCAAAACACACUCGCUCGCCAGACCAUUCAAAUGCUCGCAAUGCAUCAAGACUUUCCGCAAGAAAGCCGACCUCAUCAAGCACAUCCGUGUGCACACUGGCGAAAAACCAUACAAGUGCACAAUCUGCAGCAAGAGCUUCUCCCAAGGCUCCUAUUUGAAGAUCCACCGCGAAUGCCACACCUCAGAAAACCUCCACCAGUGUCCUCACUGCGACAAGAGUUUCCCGACAGCGUUUAAGCUGUCAAUACACGUUCGCUACCAUUCCAUGGAGCGGUCGUACAAAUGCAGCCAGUGUGGGAAGAGUUUCAUCUACGCCAGCCUGCUCAGAAGACACAAAGGCUACCAUGCAGGCGAGCGCCAGUAUCUGUGCUCCAUCUGCGGCAAGUCUUUCGUCUACAUGUUCGACUUGAAGAAGCACCAGCGCAAUCAUGAAAGACCCAGACUUAAGAUCCCGUGCACCCUUUGCCACAAGACGUUCGCAGGACCAGAGAUGCUGAGAUGCCACUUGCGUAUACACACCGGAGAGCGGCCGUUCCGUUGUAAAAUAUGCGGAAAGGCUUUUUCUCAGAUUGGAAACAUGAAGAGACAUGAGCGUGUGCACACUGGCGAAAGACCAUUUACUUGUGAAAGAUGCGGAAAGACUUAUAAGCACUCGUCGCAUCUGAAGAACCACAUGCUGAGCCAUACGGGCGAGCGGCCGUGGCAGUGCUCCCACUGCGGAAAGAGCUUCAAGUUCGCCGGACCGUUGAAGAAGCAUGAGAGGACGCAUCUUGGGGAACGAGGGAAUCGCAGAAGAAGCUACGACCAAACUCGGGGCCGUGCGAAGCCAGAUCCCAAAAGCCCCUAACCGAUCAUCUUGAAUCUGCCCAUUUAAAGUGAUUAGUUAAUCGUGUAGCUCAUCAUUGCUUUCAAAGAUAACAUGUUUUUUCAAACCUUGCUUGUUUAGGCACUUUUGUACUUUACAUAGUUGACGGCAUUUAUGUUGAUAGCACUUAAAGGGAUAGUUCUCUCAAAAAUGAAAAUUAGAUGUUUAUUUACUCACUCUCAGGGCCCCAAAUGUAUUGUAGAUGGAUUUCUAUAGUCUUUAGUUGAACAUUAGAAGAUUUUUAUCUGAAUAUGUGGCGCUUCGUGAUAUAUAAAAUGGUUAACUAGUACUUUGAUGGUUGCUAAAAAAACAUAGAGGUGAGACAAAAAUAAUACCUAUGGGUCCUAUUGAAGUACUAAAGUCAAUGAGGCAAGAUUAUAUGUCUAAACAUUACCUUUAAUCCAAAGUUUGAUGAGGCAGUUGAUUCAGAUUAUUCAGUAUUAAAGCUAUUUUUUGCCUGCUUUUGUUUUCUUUUUUCUCUCAAAAACCCGGCUAGCUGUUGACUCCUAAUUUAUGAAUCACCAAGGACCAGUUUUAGCUGAAUUAUUCUUCAGUGUUGUACUGAAAAAAGUCACCUACAUUUUAAAUGGCCUGAGGGUUUUGUAAGUUAAUAGCAGAUUUAAAUCUUUGAGUGAACUAACCCUUUAAGUCCGGAAAGCCUGUCAUGUUAUAAUCAUUGUGUUUUCUCAAUCAUGCUGGACAAAGAAAUAGAAAUAAAUAAUCUGUUUAUUGCACAGUAAAAUCCCUAAACAAAGCAGUGUUGGAUUUAAACCAUUGUUAAUGUUUGUCUUGAAGCAUUAUUUGUCUGGCACAACUAUAAUACUGUUCACUUUUCCAUCAUUGAGAAUGCAUUGUAUUGUUAUAUACAAUUGGCUCAUGCCAGUACACAUUAGAUAUACUCUUAAAAAGAGAUGACGAUGUGAGCAAUGAGCUUUGGCAUUAUCCUGUGUAACAGUGACGUAACAUUUGUAUAAUGUAUAUAUUAAAAUUUGUAACAUCUAGCAAACGUA